AAUAAAGGACGCGUGCAAGGACUAGAGAAAAUACAGUAGAACGUUUGCUAAGAUUACUGAUAAAUAAAGACAGUGCUAAGUGUUUGCACCAAGACGAGCACGUCCGUGUCGGAGGAUCCGGGGCUGAGAGGCAUCUUCCACUUCAGCGUCCCGGAAGAAGAGAUACGCCAUGGGUCACCUUAGGAGCUACGUUCUUGCAUUGCUGUUGAUCAGCGCAAGCUGGCUAAAGAUAGAUGCCCAGUCAUAUGUGGUUCACUUCAACUGCAAUAAUCCCCAAGGUUUGUACUACGCCAGCGCCACUUCUUGGAUGGGAACCCCUUCUGGAGGUGCCUUUGGGCGCUGUACCAGUAUUGGACGUAGUAUUUUGCAAGAUUCAGAAACAAGUUCAACCUGCUUCCUAAAUUACCUCGCUCACAUUGACUCUGCACUCGGCACUAUGAACACAGUUUAUACGAAUUUGACCGGACAAGUGUCAUGCUACCCAAAGACGACUCCGUGCCCUGGUUCAGGGCCUAUUGUUAUAUGCAGUAAUACCCGGACGGAUGCUAGCAACGCUCCUACCAACGCAAAGUGUCUACAGAACCUUCAGUUCGCAUAUGGAACAGUAAGCUAUCCGUCAGGCAAUGUCUUUCCAUCUCAAGGAUUCUACACCUGCAACCCAGGGUACUUUAUCACUGGCACAAGAGUCGCUGAAUGCGGGCAGGAUGGCAGCUGGGGGUCUGCUACGGCAUCUUGUACAGCAUACAAAUGUCCUGCGCCAACCCUAGCUAACGGCUUAAUAACGGGUUGUGCUCCUGUGUACACGGCGUCAUGCAACAGUGGAUAUCAGCCAUCUGGCAGCACCACUGUCACUUGCAUGAAUGCAACCACAAACACACCUGUACCAACAUGUGUCCUGCGAACGUGUCCGGCACUUAUCUCACCAACAAGUGGUUCAAUAGUCAGCAGCUCCACAUCACCUUAUGGAGUGACCAUAUUUGCAUGCAAUGAUGGCUAUCAACUCAUAGGAAGCAGUGCAACUGUAUGCAUGGCGAAUGGUGCUUGGUCAACCCCACUGCCGACAUGUAAAAGAAUUCAAUGUCCUGCAAAUCCAACGUCUCCGGUAAAUGGCGCAGUGUCUAGUGGUGGUGGGAAUGCUUUCGCGAUCAGAACAUACUCGUGCAGUACCGGAUAUCAACUAUCUGGAGCAACAACAACUGUCUGUCAAACAACUGGAGCAUGGUCUGGAACACCACCUACAUGCAUUCGUGUGUUGUGUAGCAGUCAAGUUGCUCCUCUAAAUGGAGCUAUUGCCAGUAUGUCUAUGGAGAUAAAUGGUGCAACAAUUUUUACGUGCAAUUCGGGAUACAAUUUAGCCGGCAGCAGCGCAUCCGUGUGUCUUCCAAGUGGAAAUUGGUCAACUUCACCGCCAACUUGCCAGGGUAUACAAUGUCCAAUUACUGUUCCGACACCUGCUAACGGAGCCAUCGUCACUGGAGCUAAUGACGUGUUCAUAUCCAGACAAUAUACCUGCAAUUCUGGUUAUCAGCUGCAAGGCAGUUCAAAUACAAUUUGUCUCUCAACUGGUGCCUGGUCGACGCCAACGCCUACAUGUAAACGAGUGGAGUGCCCUAUCCUUAAUGCACCCACGAACGGAGCCAUAUCACCUGGUAAUAGUGAGGUUUUUACCUUGCGAAGAUUCACUUGUAACACUGGGUUCAAUCUCGUCGGCAAUUCAGCAUCUGUGUGUUUAUCAGGUGGAACUUGGUCUACUGUCACACCUCAAUGUGUUGGAAUACAAUGCUCAGGACCGUUAGCAAAUCCCACCAACGGGCGUGUCAACACAUCAACUAUCUCAGUAUUUAGUGUAUCGACAUAUUCUUGCAACUCAGGGUAUGAAUUGGUUGGCGAAACAAAUUCCAUCUGCCUUUCGACGGGCCAAUGGUCUGGACCGGCACCAACUUGUAGCAGCAUCAACUGCAAUGCUCUUCCGUCCAUUUUGAACGGAAAUGUCCAACCUGGUCAAGCACCACUUAUUCGAGGCAGCACUGCUUUUGUCAGGUGUAAUGAAGGAUUUGCACUCUCGGGGAUGAGCACUAUAACUUGCCAAUCAGAUCUCAAUUGGUCUACAGCACCAGCGUGUUCACAAAUAAGAUGCUUGGCCCCUCUCACCCCUCCAAUGAAUGGCAAUAUAUCAAAUGGAGAUAAUGUGUUCUUCAGCAUACGAGAGUACUCAUGCAGCCCAGGCUAUGAACUUCAAGGUGCCAAAUCUACCGCAUGUCAAACUAAUGGAAACUGGUCAGUGUCACCUCCAACAUGCAAUGAGAUAAUUUGUAACAGUAUUCCACCUACUCCAAACAAUGGCUUCCUCACAACCGGAGUUACGACACUUGGGUCAAUACUUGUGUUCGGCUGUGACGCUGGAUUUGAACUCGUUGGAACUAAUGGAGUUACCGCAUGUCAAGCAGACAAAACCUGGUCAUUGACUAGUGUGACUUGUUCACGUCGAGCAUGCCCUAGCCCACCCAACAUCACAAAUGCUGUUGUAAUGGCGAACCCAACAAAAUCCUAUGUAUAUGGUGACAGUGUGUUUGUACAAUGUAACACUGGACAUAGUGGUAGUGGCAACAUCAACUGUACAUCAGCUGGAACAUGGACAGAGUUAAUGUGCUCUGCAAGCAAUUGUGGCUCAUUGGGAGACCCAGUAAAUGGAAUCGUGUUUAUGAGUGGCGAUACCUUUGACUCCACUGCUUUGUACACAUGCUCUGCUGGGUACAACCUUAACGGAUCUUCUUCUGCUACAUGUACUCACAGUGGAAUGUGGUCACCUCCAGCUCCCCAUUGUGAUCGAGUCAACUGCGGCCCAUUGUCAAACCCAACAAAUGGACGUGUUGUUGCGGCAAGAACUGAUUUCGAAUCAACAGCAACCUACACAUGCAGCGUUGGCUUUGUUCUCUCUGGUCAAUCAGCGACAAACUGUCUUCUCAAUGGUUCAUGGUCGUCGCCACCACCCACCUGCCAACCUCGACCAUGCCCUAGCCCACCAACCAUCCACAAUGGAGUGGUAAUGUCCGCCUCAUCAGCAUCCUAUGCGUACGGUGACAGUGUGUUUGUCCAAUGUAGCAUGGGACAUAGUGGUAAUGGAAACAUCACUUGCCUGGCAGAUGGAACUUGGAGCAUGUUGAACUGUUCAGCAAGCGUGUGUGGUGCAGUAUCCAAACCGGCUAAUGGAGGUGUGUUCAUGACUGGAACUACUUACGGGGCAACGGCUUCUUUCUCGUGUAACAUUGGUUACAAUCUCAAUGGUAGUUCUUCUAUAAAUUGCCCUGAGAAUGGAACCUGGUCAGCCACACCCAGGUGCGACCGGGUCACAUGUGCUGUACUGAUGGAUCCCAUGUAUGGCACUGUAAGAGCAACGGGCAAUGAUUAUCUCGCAAAGGCUAAUUACAGUUGCAAUCCUGGCUACGUCUUGUCAGGUGACGCCGUAUCUACAUGCCUCCUGACUGGACUAUGGUCCUCACAGCCACCCAUCUGCCAACCUCGACCAUGCCCUGGCCCACCGAACACCAACAAUGGAGUGGUCAUGUCUGACCCUUCAGCAUCCUAUGCAUACGGUGACAGUGUAUAUGUACAGUGCAACACUGGACAUAGUGGUAAUGACAACAUCACUUGCACUGCUGAUGGAACCUGGAGCACAUUGACAUGUUCUGCAAGCGAUUGUGGAGCGAUCCUGGAACCUGUAAAUGGAAUGUUCUUUACGAACGGAACUACUUAUGGCUCUAUGGCUUCAUUCACAUGCAACAUUGGUUACAACCUAGCUGGCUCCUCAUCAAUAACUUGUCCUGAGUCUGGAGUAUGGUCGGCUAGCUUCCCCAGCUGUGACCGUAAGUUCAGAGACUAUUGUACGAACGCUGAAUCAGUGGCCAUGACUUCUCCCAAGUUUUCAAAAGUGUAUGACGAGUUAGAUGACUCCAGCAAAUGCCGGUACCGUGAAAAGCUCGAGCGCGUUGCACCAGACUCGAGUGAUCCUUACCUGCCCAGAAGUAUUUUUUUAGAGGAAGAUAAAUUUCCACUUGUGGACUAUCCCGAUAUUUACAAUUUCUUGGUCAACGCGCCCAGCCCCUACACCAAGGAGCAGCUCAAGGCCUACAAGAGCUUGGAAGGCUACAAAUACCUUGUCAGUGGCUGGGUCGGCGAUGUUCGUGCGUUUCCAGCGUCCGAAUCUGACGCAUGUGACAGCAAGUUUAUCAUCGCCAAAGUCCGCCAUUCCCACCUGUAUUCUAGAACGCAGCUGAUUCAGAACACAGGAAGCACUUCAUUGCCGUGCCAAUGGUCAACUCCUUCAAUGAAGGAGGUGGAGUAUGCCAGGAUUCGUGACAUAAACUUCACUGCACCCGACACUAAACAGCAUGGGAGCAAGCCGUACGUACCUUCCAAGCCCGAGGGAUAUCCACCCAUUUUGGAUUUAUUGUACGAACCAGACAUGCUGGAUGCUAGUUUUGGGGACCUGCUCGUUCGUUGCGAGGCAGUAUUUCCAGCGGUCUGUGUUUCAGAGGAGGAAGCACGCGCUGUGGAACAGGCUACGUUGAACCAGGCAGAUUCCAAGGCCUGGUUUGAAUUUCGCGCCGGCCGGAUCACAGCUUCAAAGUUGAAGUCUGCUGUUUGCACGGAUAUUAGCCAGCCCUCUACGUCCUUAGUCCGCUCUGUGUGUUACCCUGAGGCACACAAGUUUCGUAGCAAAGCCACACAAUGGGGAUGUGAUCACGAGCAGAAGGCAAUUGACAACUAUAGUGAACAUGCCAGUGCAACACAUCAGAAGGUUGAAGUACUGCCCAGUGGCUUUGUAAUUCAUCCGGACUAUCCAUAUCGUGGCGCUACUCCCGACUCCCUUGUGCAGUGCUCCUGCUGUGGCAACGGCGUGGUGGAAGUGAAGUGCCCGUACGGGUGGCGAGACAGUAGCCUGCAUGAUGCUGCCGAUUCAGGACAGUUCUGUCUAGUAAAGUCCGGCGGAGCACUCCAUCUUAAGCAAGACCACAUGUACUACUACCAAGUACAGCUACAGAUGCUGGUGUGUAAGGUGCAGUACUGUGACUUUGUUGUGUGGAAUGAAGGUCAGCUGUUUGUGGAGCGUAUCUGUGCAGACACAGAUUUCAUCCGUGAAGCGGUACCAGGUGCCCAGAAAUUCUUCCAGUGUGCUGUUCUCCCAGAGCUUGUUGGGAAAUGGUUCACUAAGACGUUCUCCACUCUUCCUGCCGAUGCGUCUUCAGCGGCUACAUCAGCCUCGGAACCACUUGGUGCUGCCAGUACAACAUCUACUGCGGAUCAAGAACGCCCUCCGGAGUUUUGCUACUGCAAGUCUGUGAAGGCUGGCGAGGUACUGCGAUGUUCCAACAACGAUUGCAGUAUUCGUUUGUUCCACAUGACUUGUUUGCAGCUGAAGAGUAAGCCAAAGCGCAAGAACUGGACCUGCCCGGAGUGUCGCAAGAUUAAAUCUGCCACUAAAUAA